AACUAGUGUCUUCAAAAAUAAAUGAAAUUUGAAAUUUUGUUCGUUCUUUAGUAGGAUGUUUGUGUUCUAUGAUGUAUGUAUGUUAGGCAAAAAAUCGAACGAUCCCGACACGGUCACAGUCGGCCCCCUCAACUCACGAGUAGAUGAGGUGUGGACAAGUGUGUGAACACGUAAAAAUCUGUCUCUUCAGGCUUUCGCUUGAGAAACUAAAAACAGUUAUGGGUCAAGCUGAGAAACACUUUCUUCUGUUCGUCCAUAACAAUUCUGACUAAACGCGGUCGUGUGAGCGUAUUUAGUUGAGGACGUCGACGCACUUAAGAUCUUCAGCGGCCUUGCACAGACGGGCAGCCAUGGCUUCUUCUCCGGCACGGAGGGCGGCACGAGGAUCGUAGUACUUCUUGUUGGGCUUGUCCUCUCCCUCAGGGUUUCCGAUUUGUCCCUGGAGGUAGUCGUGGUACUUGGCUUCGUAUUCACGAAUUCCGUCCCAGAAGGCCCAUUGGGUGUCGGUGUCAAUGUUCAUCUUGAUGACUCCGGCCUCGAUCGCGUACUGGAUAUCUUCGACAGAAGAACCCGAACCUCCGUGGAAGACGAACUUCAUGUUCUUCUCCUCACCGUUGUCGAGCUUCUCGGCGAAGUACUUCUGGGUGUUGUGAAGGAUUUCGGGUCGAAGUUCGACAUUUCCAGGAGCGUAAACUCCGUGGACGUUUCCGAAGGAAGCGGCACAGGUGAAGGCAGCGUUCUCGACCUGGGAGAGUUGUUCGUAGGCGUACCAAACUUCCUCAGGCUGGGUGUAAAGACGGGAAGCGUCAACAUCGGUGUUAUCGACACCAUCUUCCUCUCCUCCGGUAACACCGAGUUCGAAUUCAAGAAGGAUGUCCAACUUGGCGAACUUUUCCAUGUAGUCCUUGCAGAUGCUGAUGUUCUCUUCGAGGGAUUCCUCGGAAAGAUCGAGCAUGUGGGAGGAGAAAAGAGGCUUUCCGUUCUCCUUGUAGAACUUCUCGUUUUCGGCGAUCAAACCGUCCAUCCAUGGCAACCAAGCCUUUUGGCAGUGGUCGGUGUGGAGGACGACAGGAACUCCGUAAAGUUCAGCGACUUCGUGGACGUGCUUGGCGGCAGCGACGGCUCCAGCAAUGGAGGCCUUGUCGUCGGUGUCGUCGGCGGCCUUUCCGGCGAUGAAGUAACCACCUCCCUUCGAGAAGGUAACCAUGAUGGGGCCUCCAUACUUCUUGGCGGCUUCCAUGCAGGCAUUGAUGGAAGAACUUCCAACAACGUUUACUCCUGGGAUGGCGAAUCCUUCCUUCUUGGCGUGGUCGAGAAGGUCAACAAGAGCCUGUCCGGUGACAACACCAGGCUUGACAGAGGCAGGGAGCUUGGCGAAAGCCUGCGAGUCACGUAAAAUUGUUGAUAUAGUGUAAGCGUCGAGCGAAUUCCGUGGAAAAACAAAUGAAAGUGAGCAUAAAAUAAGUCGAUUAAGAGGAAUUCGCAAAAAUAAUUUUACGAUAACUAAGUGCCAAAGCAUCAGUUCCCCGCAAGGAUGAUUGAUUCUCAACCAUUGCUUAUAGACCUGAGACAGAAAAAUGACACACCUUGGUCUCUUCAGCGGCUUCAGUGGCCAUGUUGAGAGGGGCAGUUCGUCCCUGGAAGCCAGUGCUGGGGGCAAAGGCAGCGGCGGAACCGGCGGUGGCAAGGAAGGCGAAGGUGGAGAAUUUCAUUUUGCUAUUUGAUUGAUGUCGGUGCUCGUGUUGUGAGAUGAACGGGUCCAAACGAAGUUUUUGGAAUCUUUCUCGGUUGAUUGAGACUUUGCGCUACGUAGUGUACAUACGGUAAGAAAACGCACGAUACCAC